AUGGUUGCUAUCAAUGAAAAUGAGGGAAAUACAAGGAGAAUUGUUGGAACAUAUGGUUAUAUGCCUUCAGAAUAUGUGAUGUUUGGGCCAUAUUCUGAAAAAUCAUAUGUUUCUAGCUUUGGAGUUAUAGUUUUAGAAAUUAUCAGUGGAAAGAAAAAUGCAAGUUGUCAUGAUGAAUCACAGUAUGCUGAUAGCCUCUUGAGCUAUACGUGGAAUCCAGGGAGUAAUGAAAAGUUGUUCGAGAUGUUGGAUUCAAAUCUAAAAGAAAUGGAAUGUUAUAAUGAAGUAAGCCGCUGCAUCCAAAUUGGAUUGUUGUGUGUUCAAAGGCAUCCAGAUUCAAGACCUUCCAUGGCUACAAUUGUUUCAUAUCUGAGCAAUGAUUCAAUUCAAUUGCCACAUCCACGGCAACCUGCUUUCUUUUUGCGUGCUCGAAGGGUAAUCACUUCUGCAAGUAGAGAAUAUAGCUCGAUUAAUGAAAUGUCUAUGAGUGAUUUCUUUCCUCGCUAG